CCAUUUCUGGUUCACCUUUUUUAGUUUUGGUGGAGUGGAUAAUGGGAGCUUUGAAACUCUCAUGGCGACUCCCAAAUUCUCAGCCUUUUUAUAACCCUUUAACACCACUACCAGUCCCACCACCUUCCUGGACCAAAUCAUCAAAGUUACAAUCUUUUCCAUUGAAGAGGAACACAGAAUCGUUCUCUUUUUUACCAAAUACCAAACUCAGCUUACUUCUAAGGCCUCCUUUGGCCCUUUCUAACAGUACCCAAUUCCAAAAAGAAGAAGAAGAAGAAGAAGAAGAGGAGGAGGAGGAGGAAGCUUCCAGUGACAAUGGCGGUAGUGGGAAUUCAAACUUAAUAAUAUCUUCAUGCUUAGUGGGCCUUCUCACAGGCAUCGGCAUCGUUCUCUUCAAUAAAGGAGUUCAUGAGAUACGAGACUUGUUCUGGGAUGGGCAACCGCACAGAGGAGCAUCUUGGGUGAGAGAGGAGCCAAUUCAAGAUAUCUGGAAGCGAGUGGUUCUGGUUCCUGCUUCUGGGGGUUUGAUCGUUGCAGUUCUAAACGAAAUUCGAAAUUCUUUAAUUGACGAUGAUGAUAAUGGUGAUCGUUUUGGGAGAACUGGAUUGCCCAUUUCAGUUUCGAAUGGUCUCAAGGCUGUGUCUCGUCCUUUUCUCAAAGCAGUCGCCGCGUGUGUUACUCUCGGUACUGGUAACUCUUUGGGUCCUGAAGGUCCCAGUGUUGACAUUGGAACCUCCAUAGCCAAGGGAGUUGGUAAUGUGCUGGAUAAGCGUUCCAACAUAAAGCUUUCCCUUGUGGCUGCUGGAUCAGCUGCUGGAAUUGCCUCUGGGUUUAAUGCUGCUGUUGCUGGUUGUUUCUUUGCUGUGGAGUCAGUCUUGUGGCCAUCACCAACUAAUCCUUCUUCCUUAACACUUACCAAUACCACUUCUAUGGUUAUACUCAGUGCAGUCAUAGCUUCUGUAGUUUCAGAAAUUGGCCUGGGUUCUGAACCAGCCUUUACAGUCCCAGAGUUUGACUUCCGCUCACCUACCGAGCUUCCACUAUAUCUAUUGCUGGGAGUGCUGUGUGGAUUGGUGUCAUUGGCUCUAUCUAAGUGCACGUCGUACUUGUUGUCAAUCGUUGAUGACAUUCGUGAUGUACCAAAGGCCUUGUUUCCUCCAUUGGGUGGCUUAACUGUUGGCUUGAUAGCACUGGCAUAUCCAGAGAUUCUUUAUUGGGGUUUUGAGAAUGUUGACAUUUUGUUGGAGUCUCGACCCUUUGUGAAAGGCCUCUCAGCUGAUCUAUUGGUUCAGUUGGUAGCAGUCAAGAUCUUCACAACCUCUUUAUGUCGUGCCUCUGGAUUAGUGGGAGGAUACUAUGCUCCAUCUCUUUUUAUUGGUGCCGCAACAGGAAUGGCAUAUGGGAAAAUUGUCAGCUUUGUGGUUGAUCAGCCUAAUCCUAUAAUUGAUCUCUCUAUCUUGGAAGUUGCAUCACCAAAAGCAUAUGGCCUGGUAGGGAUGGCUGCUACUCUUGCAGGCGUGUGUCAGGUACCUCUUACAGCAGUUUUGCUGCUAUUUGAAUUGACACAGGAUUAUCGGAUUGUUCUGCCACUACUUGGAGCUGUGGGGUUGUCUUCAUGGGUUACAUCCAGACAGUCAAGAAGAAGAGAUUUGCAGGGUAAAAAGAAACUGAAGCAGGAAAAAAGUCCUAAUAUGCUUCCCUCGAGUGCAAGUGGGCUACCUUCUACUUAUGCUUUCAUGAAAAAGGAAGAUACGACGAGUGACCUUUGUGAAAUUGAAAGCUCCCUUUGCAUGGAAGAUUCUGAUACUGAAACUGAAAAUUUAGAAACAAAAAUAUACGUUUCAGAAGCCAUGAGGACAAGAUAUGUGACUGUUAUGAUGAACACGCUGCUUACAGAAGCAUUGACUCUCAUGCUUAUGGAAAAACAGCCUUGUGCUAUGAUUGUUGAUAAUGAUAAUGUAUUAAUUGGUUUGCUUACACUUAAAGACAUUCAAGAUUACAGUAAAUACGCAAAAACAAGAAGCAGAAUAUCCAAGGAGCUUUUGGUAUCUGAGAUGUGUUCUUUGGAUGGGGGAAAUUGUAGGGUACCAUGGGCUGCAACACCUAGUAUGGAUCUACUCUAUGUACAGAUGAUUAUGAAUAAGCGUGGGAUAAAUGAGGUUCCAGUUGUUACAGAGCAAUUCGAAGAUAACCGAGGGCACCUAGUUGGCCUUUUAGACAGAGAAUGCAUCAGUCUAACCCGCAGAGCUUUAGCAACCAGAGAGUAUCUUUGCUGAGAUUCCCAAUGUGAUGGCUCAUUUUGUUACUAAUCAUCAGAACACCUCAGAUAAUAGUGACACAAUUCAUGUUUUGGUAAUACGUACCGUCAUAACUUAGCAUCAGCAAAAGGUUCCUAUUCUUUUUGGCUUUUGUAUAUAUAAUUGGAAGAUGAAGUGUUCCCAUCUGUUGUGUUGAGACAAGCAACUACUCUACCACUCACACUGUUGAUAGAUACAUCAUGCAUACAAGAAUGGAAGAGAUUCAUGGGAACUUUCGCCUUCGACCCUUUACGGCUGGUGUAAUUAUUGGAUUACAAACGUUGUCGUUUCAUAUAUCUACUGUCAUAUAUACUUGUAUGAGAUUCUCUGAGUUUUCAGCUUUGUUGUUUAGGCUUUAUAGCCUGUUCUACACUGGUACAGAACAAUUUGUUCUAUUCUUAAUGUUAAAGAUAGUAAAAUUUUAUUCUAACCUAAUGGAUUGAUAAUACAGUUUUGUUUUGUA